AACACACACACACACACACACACACAUGCGCGUGUAGAGCGUGAGUGGACCAGGAGUAUGGCUGUAGCUAAAGAAGACAUUUAUCCUAAAAAGCUUCUGGAGUACAUGGAGGGCUUCAUGGUGUCGAAGACUCUGUUCGUGGCGUGUGAGUUGGGGCUGUUCGAUCACCUGCACGCCUCACAGCGCCCCCUAACUGCAGAGGAAGUAGCGCAGGAGCUGGGAAUGAGUACAGAUGGAACAGAGAGACUUCUAUCAGCUUGUGCUGGACUUCAGCUCCUCAUCACACAUUCUGAUGAGAAAGGACAAGUUGUCUACAGUAACACAGAAAUGUCCACCACGUUUCUGACGAAAUCGAGUCCACGGUCUCUUUAUCACUCGAUUGAGUAUAACUCCAACACCAUAUACCUCUGCUGGUGUUACCUGGCUGAUGCAAUCAGAGAGGGAAGGAAUCAGUAUGAGAAAGCCUUCGGUAUCAGCUCCAAGGACCUGUUCCAAGCUCUUUACAGGUCUGAGGAGGAAUUGGUGAAGUUCAUGCAGCUGAUGAACUCCAUCUGGAACGUCUGUGGCCGAGACGUGAUCACUGCCUUCAACCUUUCUGAGUUCAGGAGCAUCUGCGAUCUUGGAGGCUGCAGUGGAGCUCUGGCCCAGCAGUGUGUGUCCAUUUACCCCACGUGUAAAGUCACUAUCUUUGACCUGCCGAGAGUCGUGAGAGUGUGUCGUGAUCACUUCCUGCCCGAGGAGAACCAGAGAAUAUUAUUCCAUGAAGGAGACUUUUUUAAAGAUGCACUUCCUGAGGCUGAUCUUUACAUCCUGGCAAGGAUUCUGCAUGACUGGACAGAUGAGCGAUGUCUAGAGCUGCUGAACAAAGUUUACCAAGCCUGCAGGCCUGGAGGGGGUGUGUUAGUGAUCGAGUCCCUCCUGUAUGAAGAUAACAGUGGUCCUCUCUCCGCUCAGCUCUACACACUCAACAUGUUGGUUCAGACAGAGGGUCGAGAGCGGAAAGUGUCCGAGUACACACACCUGCUGAACACCGCCGGCUUCUGGGACACACACACACAACUGACGGGGACACACUACCACAGCAUCCUCGCCCGCAAAUAACUACACACACACACACAUAUACACACACACACACACACAAAACACACACACACACACACACACACACACACACAGUAAUACACUAGUUUUAGGCUCAUAUUCUUUAGUGUUCUUUCUUUCCUUUUUUCAUUCUUCUGUCCUGAGUAAUUAAACAUCAUUACUACUGAAUGUUGUGUAUCUGAACAUGUAGCUGAAGAAUUUAUCAGGUGAUUAUGACAUGGCUACAUUUGCGUUUGUGAAAUUUGUUGUGUCAGGGUGGACCUCCUGUCAAUCAUCUCAUAGACACGCCCUGUGGGAGGAGUCUAAACCCCAGCAGGGCUUUUCCAGGAUGAAGUCAUUAAUCCCUGGUGAAGUUUAUUUACAAUAAUGCUGUGUGUAAAGUGUGUAAAUGGUUUUACAUUCAAGUUUCAGUAAAUAAAUCCUUUAUCCUUUA